CGUGAGCAAUCGCAGGACUUCCUGAGGCUGGAAGGAAGUGGAUGUGUUCCAAGCUGGGAUGCAUAUUGUUUGCUCUCGCAUACUAGUGAUCAUGUUUUGCUGCAGGUCCUAGUCUCAUGGCAUGGAGAGGAAUAUGCAGAGACAGACCGAACUACCCAGAGCGAAGACGCUCAUCAUGAACUAAAGAUUUUUCUUCCAAGCCCCAGACUGGCACUUCAAGUGUAAAUAGCCCAUGAGCAAACAUUCCAUGCCGUGUUCUAAAGGUGCCUACUUUUCUGCUGUAUGGUAGAUCCUUACACAGACAGCUAAGGUUAAUGACUGAAGAAGCCAGUCCGUUUAUCAUGGAGGACUAUACCACCAGAACCUAUGGAACUGGGGGCCUAGACAACAGACCUUUGUUUGGGGAGACCUCUGCAAGGGACAAAAUCAUUAACCUAGUUGUUGGUGGACUAACAUCUGUGCUUGUACUUGUAACAAUCGUCAGCGCUUUUGUUUUUCCACAUACCCCUCCAAAACCAGUGAAUAUUUUCUUUGCCAUCUGCAUUUUCUUGUGCUCAGUAACUGGAAUUAUUCUAAUUUUCUGGUACAGACAAGGAGACCUAGAACCAAAAUUUAGAAACCUCAUCUAUUAUAUUUUGUUUUCAAUUGUCAUGUUAUGCAUAUGUGCCAACCUAUAUUUUCAUGACGUGGGGAAAUGAAGCAUGACCAAUCAGAAUUGCACUGGAAACAAUGUUCUUUGAAGGCACUACAGGAGGAAGGAGAAUGGCUGAACAAAGGACUUGUGAUUCUUUUAUGCAAGAAAAUGGCUUAUACUAUAAGACUUUUUUUUUUAAAUAGUGUUGCACUUAAUCCUCAAGUGGAAUUCCCUUUGCCAACCUGGACACAAAGAAACACAAUCUUGGCACCGCAUAUGUGAAAUAUUCUUUAUUUUGUUUAAAUAUAAUACAGUGGUUUUUUUCUACUAUGCAACAAAUGCCAGUAUCUACUACUUCACAUUAACAGAACAGUUAUGUUAGGUUGUACAGGACAAUAUAAGGGUUUAAUAAAUUAAAAAAAAAAGUGACAUCUUUCUCCUUAAUGGCUGCAAACUAAAGGCAUCACCUGCCAUGUAUGAGGGGCCAUGAUGAUUACAAAUAAAUGGUAUUUGCAAGGAUUUUUCUCAUAAAGAUGAAGGGGAAAAUAGCAGAUAAUAUUGGUUUUAUGUACUGUACAAUGCAUAACUAAUGGAAAAACCAUCUACUCAAAAUAACUGAAGUGAAAUCUUUGGUAUUUCUUUAGACUCUAGAUAUAUUGGUAUGGUUUAUGUUUGUGGAGAACUCUUGGGUCUAUGGCACAUAUGGGUUUUUCU